CGCGUGCCGAGAAAACGCAGAUCCCAUUUCCAGUUCAGUCACCACGGUCGACUAAGGACGCUGUGCUUUUUCCGUGUUGCCGUGUCGUCGUAUGUGCUUUCCCUCGUUUUUUUCUCCACGUACUUGUACUACUACUACUACUACGCACGCAACCUCCUUCCGAUCCGAUCGUACCAACCAGUGUGCAGCGUACGAAGACAUUUGACAAGCGCCUUCACCAUAAUGAUUAGCAUCUGGUACAACAAUGAGUCUAACCUAGAUUGGGUCCGCAAAGCUAACCGAUAGUAUAGAACCUACCCUAAUAAAGGGUUCGGAAGAAAACUACGCUAUCCGAGGAAAGUUAGCAAACAGCCGCCACAUUGCCCACAACAACCGCAACCAACAUCCUCCAAACCCUCACCGCAACAGCAUCAGCAGCAUCAGCAGCAGCAGCAGCAUCACCAGCAGCCGCUUCAUCAAGCCGACGCACCGCAUUCCAGCACCUCGCAGUCCUCCCGCCGUCCAUCGCACCCACUGUCCCAGCCACCGCCAUCGGCGUCGUCGUCCCACGGGCCCACCACCUCCACCAGCUCAGGCGAGCCGCGGGCCACAGCGAGUCGACGCAACUCGAAGCAACUGCAACGCGACGAGCUGGCAGCCAAGAUGGGCAAGCACGACAUGAAGCGCGGCAUUUCCCAGCGAUCCUCGGAUGCCGGCGAAUCUCCCAAGCAUUAUGCUUCAACAAAUUUAGUUGGCAAAUUUACACAAAGCGUCAGACGAAUAGUGCAAGAUGUGAAGGACGAAGGUUCGCCGAGUGGCAUGAGCCGUGAAGAGCUGCUCGAGACGAACGAACGGCUUCGAGCGGUCCGGAUCCGAUUGGAGGAAUCGUACGACACUGCCAAGAAGGCACUGGUCAACCUGAUGAACAAAUACGGUGACUCCAAGAGCCAGCGCAACAUCUUCAAUCGCUAUCCGAUGCUGAAGCUCAUGAUUAAGGAUGUGAUCCGGUUGGAAACGCAGUACUGGACACUGGUCGAGAUCCCGAAGCAGGAGAAGCUAGAAACUGUUCCGGCCUUCGUACUGCGUGCCUGUAGCAUUAUGGAGAAAUCGCAAAAGUCGGGCGAAGGCGUGAAGACGUCCGCCAAGCUGGCAGAGGAAGCGGCCGAACGACGCGAACGGAUGGAGCGGCUCGAAACGAUGACCACGGCACAGAUCGAGCAGGAAAACACGCAGAUGAUAAACGAUCUGUAUCGUCUGCUGAAAAAGUACACCGGUCUAAGGAACUUGAUUCGAGAGCUGAAGUCCGAGUACGGUAACUCCAAAAUCUACCCAAUCUUCCCCCGGUACACGAUGCUGAAGGACAUGAUCAAGGACAUUAUGCACGAUCCGGACUACAUGGAGGUUUGCCACGAGGUGGACAACUGAAAUCACCAGAAAUAAAACCCGCUCGUCAUCGAAUCGAACGUCUAAACCGUAGACACUCAUUGCGAUGAAGGGCGAGUUUUAUUGGGCUUGACGCGCAAGCGCGCGCGUCGUGCAUUCGCUGCACAUUUCUGUUCCGUUUUGUUUUUUUUUUCGUGAAGAACCUUUACAUAUGUAUAUCGGAAAUGGACGACGGUGUGGAAUAUCGGUACUUCCGCGACCGCUAAUAUCAGGCUGUACAAACAACGGAAAAAAACCCAUUGCGCCAUAUCUUCCCGAAGCUGCUGCUGCAACUACACACUCUAUAUCAUUAGUUCGCUUGGUAGCUCAAGACGGUGGGCAACAACACAUCGCACCAUCAUCGCUGGACGGGGAUCCUGGCAUUACACCGAAUUGGCGCGUCUUUUUUUCGUUUGCUUGCUCGGGGACAGGUGAUACACGUGAUGGGGACGACGUUCGUUCGCAAUGUGAAUUAACAAUCAACAGGGCCUUAGGGAGGGGAUCAACGUCAAACCCACGGUGCGGUGUUGUCACACUCUGGCAGUAUUAUCUCGAACAGUAAGCUCCGCUCCCCUCCUGUAGGAUGUCCUUUCCGGCGUUUCUUCGGUUUCGGUUCGAUUGUCUUGUCAGCUGACGUUAGCUGAGAGUUGGUCUGACAGUUUGAGUUUUUAAUUCCGCCCGCCGUCCGCCAAACAACCGCUUCAAUUGUAUAAGGAUUCGCAUCGAUAGGCAGCCGGGUAGCAAUGCUUGCCAUUCAUUGUUUAUGGACGCUAAUGCUUAAAUCAAUUUUUAGCGAGUUCUAUGCACGUUCGCAAUGGCGGAUGGUAUUUGUUUUCCCCCUCGGAAACUCUCACUAAUAUCCCCGCGGCUGUAGCUGUAGUGGGGAUCAUUUCUCCAAGGACAUAGUAAGUAGGAAGGAAAACCACAAAGAAGAGGCAAAGCAAGAGGAUACUUACAAAAAAAAAAAGAUAAAAUUGAAACAAAACAAACAAACAUUGAUGAAAUGACCCACCUAUCUCUACACGAACAAUGUAUUCAAUACAACAAAGGAAAGAAGAGGCAGAAAGAAGAAGCAAACAAAAAAGGGAUGAUAAAAGAACACAACUAUUUUUGCACAGAUAGUUUUUACAUAUUCAAUCAAACUUUUUUUUUCUUUGUUACUCCUUUGGAUCACAGCUAGGCACAAACACAUUCACACACACUUACACCGAACUACACAAUCGAAUCAUCCAACGUAGACAACACAACUAAGGACACUUACACCUAGGACACUUAGGACACACGCCGAACACGUGGAACCAAAAUUGUGGCACAACAGCAAAGCAAAGCUAAACAAAAUGAACAAAUUAGAUGCGAGGAGAAAUAGCAACUACAACAAAAAAGUAACGCAAAAACAAAAAAGGUAAGGGGAUACACACUACAUUAGGCAACACUAAAACGUAAAACAUUAACUAAAGCAAAAGACCAAUUCAAUAAUACAAAAACAAACAAAAAAAAAACUCAUAGCGACAACAAAGUGUAGCGCGCGAAGCAGAAAAACAGAAAAAGAUAGUCAAAAGUAAGGUAACAAACGGAAACUCAACUCUUGACCGUACACACAGUUGUGAAGGUGAAGAAGAUAACGCUAAACGAACAAAACAAACAAACAAAAAAAACUAGGGAAACAACUACCAGAAUAAAUUUAACAGAUGAAACACUAUUGAAGAAAAACAAACAAUUUGCAAAAAAAAAAACAUACACAAAAAAGAGGGGGGAGUGGGAAAGCCAAGUUUCCCCUCGAAACAAAGUUGCUUUCCAAUUUUUUUGUGCGAGUGUUUCAGCAAAGAGCUCGCUACGAUGACGAUGGUUGGAGCUCUUUAGAAGAACAAAUUUGAUACAAAAUGAGUAAAGUAACGAAAAAAAAAAAAACUUUAACAAACUAAACACACACGUGGUCCGACGAUGUGGGAAAGACCGUAGAGUUGAUAAGAGAGGAGAAAAAAAAAACACACACAGACAAACAAAAAAUACUAAACUCAUCAUCACACUACUUCCUCACUGAAUAGGAACAGAACGAAACACACACACACACUCACAUACACUGCUCGCCUAUUUACACACGAUCGGUGCGAAAGGAAGCGAUAGAACAAGCGUAGUAGUAGUUGGUGCAGUGAUGUAAAAGGCGCGAACUAGCGCAAUUGUGGUAAUACUGUCGACAAAACAAUGGUAACAGCAGACAAACAAAACUAGCACAACCAAACCAAACCAAACGAGCAAACAAAAAGAAAAGUGAAAAAUAGUAAGAAACACUUACGUAAGAAUAUAUAUUCAAUAUUAGCUGUGUUGUUUUUGGUGGCGGCCAUAGUGUGACGCGGUUGUGGCGCGGGACCCGACCAGAGCCCAAACAAACAAAUAUUCGUGGAUAACAAUAACGUAGAUAGAAAUCAAUAAUAGUGAUGUAAACGUGGUAUGGCAACAGAAAAAGGAUACAAAAGAAAAGACAACACACGCACACGCACGCACACUGCAACAAAAACACAUAAAGAAACCUCUUGAAAAGGGGAUAAACAGCAGACACAAACCCAGGCGAGAGCUACAUCCCACUACACUGACCCACUCCCACCAUGUGAAGCUAAUCAUCCGCAUAAGUGUUACAGCAGCUCAGCGCAAUAGCAAAAGUAAACCGAUGCAAGUAGUGAUGGAAGGCAUGCCAAAGGAACCGUGCUAAUGUCAUUUGUCGCCAAGGAUUUGUGUAUGUGUGUGUGUGUGUUUUUUUAUAAUUUAACAAACAACCAUGGCUGACUUAAUCGUUCUAAAAUCAAACACAAUUUGGAAGUGUGUGCGAUACAUGUCAACACUGACAGCGUUGACAGAUUAUCUAGUGACAACCUGCCACUAUUUGCUUGCCUCUUUACCAUGGCUACUAAUGUAUCAGCGCCGAGCUCCAUCGUCUGCUAAUCCUAGAUAGUGGAAUGACCUUUCUGGCGGAAGCAUCAACGCAAUCAUUUUAUGUCAGUUUGAGUCCUGACGCAUCCUUUGUCUAUGUGGACCAAGGUGUAUGUAUUUAGAAGGUGAAUUUUUGUCGAUUGGACAAAGCACCAUUUUAGUCGAGAUAUGUCAGAUUUUUUUUUUACAAAAUCAUAUGGUAUGUGGCUACCAACAUGAACAAACAGCCUCGAUUCUCAGUCCCUUGAGAAAUUUCGCUAGUUUAUGGGUCAUCUUCGCAUAUCAACUGUUGUGCCACAGAGUAUUGACGAUAUUUGGUUGGAUUUUUCGUCAAAAAAUCGCAAGCGAAACAACCACCAGCGCCUCCUUCGACGCUUGUAACACUCUUUUCAAUACCCUUCCCCUCGAUGACCCCGGAACUGUUAUGUCAGGUUGAGAAAUGUCAAUUUGCUCUAAACAACUCUACCUGGUAUAUCCAUAUACCUUCAUGUGGACGACCUAGCAAGACUUUACGGACUGGUUCGUAGGGUGCCAUUCUCAUUAGAUGACCAAGUCAUCGGCGUCCAGCGUGUCUAAUUCAUAACGCGGUCGUGAGCUCACCGUACAGCUCGUAGAGCUUUUCAUUGACUAUUCACAAACUGAGGGCCAAAACAAAUUCUAAGAAUAUUCCUAUCGAAGUGAAUCUUCCUCUUGCCAUUUGUGAUGCCGCCAUUGCUUCUUCUCAUAAAUCUCCAACCGAUCCUUUGGUAAGCUUCUUCUAUACCAGAGAGGCACAACCCAAUGUGGUCUAUGUCAUCAGCAUGUGCCAGAAUCUUAAUACACUAGUAGAAGAUGGUCCCAAAAACUUCCACUACCGCGCAGUUGUAGAGAAGAUAGACCAAGCCCUGGAUCUCUCUGGCACAAGCCCCUGAUGGUACACACACCACACCACAGUGUUCACGGCGUCUAAUCUGUUCACCGUGACUAAUGGUAGUGAAACAUGAGCCGUUUGUAGUGCCUCGAACCACCUCCGCUCGAUGCAACCACUCGGCAGGUUAUGCGUUUGGCAACACUCGUACGGUAUCUCAGCACCUGCAUUUAUGCAACCGUGCUCGAGGUCAAAUGAAACCGUAAGUAGACAGCUGCAAGGGCGCACACACACACACGCACGCAAGCACAGCCAUGCAAGAGAAGGAAGCACCUUUUUCCCCAUGUACGUAGUCGAUUGCUAAGCUUGCUUGCGUCUUACUUUUGCAUCGCCGUAAAAAAAAAAUCACGACCGUAAGAGUUCCCUAGGAAUGCAAGCAAAAACAAAACAAAAACGAAUAUAAAUAAAUUUGCGGUCGAUCUGUUGUACUAGCUUCGGGAGGUAUCGUUCGUAUUGCUAUAGCAUUUGUUGAGUUUAAACGUUAAACCGGGCUCCAAACAAGCACCAACACGCACAUACACACACAUUUAAACGAUAAUCCAGCCCCCUUAAAUCACUUAUCCUCCCCAUCCCACUAAAAAGGCUCGCUUUACUUAGGUUUUCUCCAUGGGGCGGGGAAACAAACGAGAGCAUUUAGAGUGUUGCAUUCAGAACUUGUACAUACGCAGCAUUGUUGUAUAGUUGUGCUUAAGUUUGGCUUAUUGUGAAAAAAAGAUGCGAAAGAAUUACAUUACAAGAUGAAAGCAAACAAAAAAGUGAAAAGUAUUCAAACACACUGGCGCACUUGUGAAGAAAUCAACCACUCUAUUAUACACGUGCGAACGCUAGCUACAGUCGGUGAGCAGGUGUUAGUAGGCGUUGACAGUUGGUACACUAAGGCAGAUUGGAAGAUUGGAACACGCAAAGCAAAACAAAAAGGGCUAUUCAGCAACAGCACAGCAAACAGAAAAUCAACACAAGCGGACGGCAUACAGGCCGUGCUUCAUAUUAUAACAUUGUCGUAGCAAUUUGUCAAGCCGCCGAAGAGCCGGAUGGGCAUAUUUAUAUAUAUACAACACGCAUACAAUAUACAUAUACAUAUAUAUACAUAUACAUAUUCUUAGUUCAUAUUGAUUAUUACAUUGGCACGGCAUUACGGGAGAGAAACAAAAACGAUUCACACGGCCGCAAACACGCGAACGACAGAGCAAGCAAGUACAUCCGCGGUUUUGGGUUUUACGUUACACGGUGUUUAUGUUUUCUGUUUGGCGUGCUUUAGUUCCUGGCCGGUUCAAAAUCAACCCGGUUCCGAUGUGCUGCGAGUGUGUCCUGGAGCACCCACCCACCGUUCGGCUAACGGACUUCCGCCCCAAUAUCAUGCUCAUACCCACCGAAAACAAAUUGUGUGCUCUAAGGGUGUGCAGUUCGUCGUCCUGGGGACGGUGGAAAAAUGCGACCAGCGGAUGCUUUGAAGUGACGACAGCUCCAGCCAAUAGCUAAGCAGUCACCAUACAGAUCCAAACACAGACACACACACACACACAAAAACACCUUUCCAAUAAGAUUAGGAACAGUUGUGGCUCAAGCAAGGAGGCGCUUGAUAAGCGUGUAAGUGAAUGAACGAAAUCCCCGUGAUGUGGCGUUGCAUAAGCUUCACAUUUGUUUUUGCGCAACUUAUUUCCUUCAGUUUUUUUUUUAUCAUAUCUCUUUCUCUCUUUCUUAAGCUUAAGGAAAACUUAGAAAUGUGAUAAAUUGCCAAAAGAACAGAAAACGCAAUCAAACAAAGACGAAAUGCAUCACCAACUACACUAGCACGAUCGAUAACUGGUGGAAAACGUGGAAAAGAACAACCAACAGACAACUAAAACGCGUAACGGUCUUAACGGCUUUACGGACAGAAAGGACAACAAAAAAGAAGCCAAAAAGACAUACACAGACACUUUACAAAAGGAAGGAAGAAACGGAAGGAAAGAGAGGUAAAUGCAAGGAAGAAAACACUUGAAAACGGACCGGAUAACGUGAGGAGCGCAAAAGGACACAUCACUCGACACGAUGAUACAUCCAACCGGAACCGGAAGGAAACAGUUGAAAGGUGGAACACAAAAAUUUUGAAAUUCUUGAAAUUUCCACCACGAAAAAUGAAGACAAUGUGAAGCACACGUUGCAUUUGGUUCACUUGGCUUUGCUUUGCAAUAGAGCUGGAAAGAGGGAAAGAGAUAAAACUGUUUUGUUAAUCAUUUUCUUUCUUUUGUUGUCUAUAAUUUUUAAGAUGAUCUUAUCCACACUUAUGUACACUGGGCACACCAGGAAAAGGUUCUCCUGAACGAUUUUCUUUGCAAAACGUCGUAAAAUACUCAAAAAAUACCAUUCAAGCGCUUUCGACUCGGUUCGCUUGAGGGGGGUUUUCCCUCAAAAUGCUUCACCUUCACCUGUCCGACACGUAACCAGACCCAUCUAUCUAUCUUUCCCACCUGCAGACAAAAAGAAAAAAAGAAGGAAUAAUUCGCUCAAGAAAAGGAAAACCAAUGGGUGAAACAAUCUCAGACUGCUCAGUACAAUCAUACCACAACAAAAAAUGGACAGCUUGCAAGCGUAACAUUUCCAGCCAGGAAAACCCUUUUCCAACACACACACAUGCAGACACACAAAAACACGCACAGACACACAAAAGUACACACCCGUACGAUCGUGAUCAGGCAAGGGUGAGGAAUGGAGUGUAACGUAAGAAAUAGUACUGAAACUGCAAAAAUUCGGCAACAGAAAAUUUGUUUUCAGCUCCUGUUUGGGAAAGAAAAAGAAAACUGCGAAACAAAAUUCCAAAAAACAAAACAACUACCUUUAAACAAACGAAGAAGCAAGAUAGAACAAAGAAAAAGGGGAAACAAAAGAAACAAAUUGAAAAGAAAAAUCAACCACACAACCGAACCACAAUUGGGAAAGAGAGCGACAGAGACGAGAAGAAGGAAAAGAAAAAGCAAGAAACGCGAAAGAGAACAGUGUAACACGGUUUUACCAAAUGCCGCCCAUCAAAUUCCUAUCAAAUCAUCUAAUAAUAAUAAUAAUAAUUAUGAUAAUAAUAAUACUCUUCUAUCCCAAACCAUGCCGAAAAGAUGAGCAAAAACGCUGGUACACAAAAACGCAUAAGAAAACAGUAAGCUAAACACAAAAGAGAAAGAAGGUGAAAAUGAUCACAAGAAAAGGAAAGAGGAACAGGAAAGGAGAAAAAACAGAGAGCGAGAGAGAAAGAGAAAGAGUGUUCUGAGAACAAAUUUAGCACAAGAUGAAGCAAACAGACUACAGAUACAGAUCGGAAAGAUUCUCGUUACAUCGCUCGUGUAAUUUCUUACAUCGGCAACUUCAUAAUAUCGGAAUCCGUGUUGCGAUAUGUGGUUUUGGUUGGUAUUUCAACAAAAAAACAACAAAACGAACGUUUUUCUUUCCGUUUUCCCAACACACACACACGCGUUCAGAACACAGCCACACACACGUACACGUACAUCGUCUUUGUAAUGAUGCGUAUUUACAAUAUU